AUAAACCUUCCUCUUUAAUCACUCUAUCUAUCAAAAAAACCGCAUGAAAAUAGGUUGCGUAGUUUGGAAUAUUUAUGUGUACAAAGGAACACGUUGACAGAAAAAGCGACUUCGUUUUAUACUAUGUAGUGAUUAUAUAACAAACUGCAACAUAAGAGAACGCGACACUUAACAAUACCUACACAGCAGUUACCUCUCUCGUAGUUAAGUCACAAACAUCAAGUCACGCGCCAAAGCUAAAUAUUGUUGCAAACACCGGACGGUUAGGCAAACACCCUGUGUUUACAAACACGCGGCUUUGAACACAUCCUGUAGCUGCGGCUAAUGUCGCUCAUUUCCACUCGCACCACGGCCUACAAACAAGAAGCUGCUCAAAAUCGUGGCCGGAUACACCAGGAUAAGCCUCCAAGCUCGGCCGCCGCUCUGACGUCACAGCUGUCCACAACAUGUCCGCGCACACGUGACGGGAGAAGUGUAACACCUGCACGCACGAUAAGUACCAAAAUCAGAGAUGGAGCGGCUACAUUACAGACUGCUGUUCUUCACGUUGUAUUCCGUCCAGAGCCACGCCAUGGUGCUCAGAAACGACGCUCUCAUCUCUAAGAUGGUGUCAGACUUCCAGAAAGACAAUCCAAUGGCAGCAACACCGCGCAGCAACGACCAGCAACUACAGCAGCAACCUAAAGACGUAAUGUCCAUGAUGCAGAACGUGCUCUGCAGGAACUUCCCCACCAUCCCCUGCGACAUGAUCCAGGAGGACGACACGCUCAGGAACCUCAUCGAGCGUUCCAUACAGCAGCUUAAGUACAAGAAACUCUCCAUGGAGAAGACCACACCGCUACCCGGCUACCAUCUCACACUGUUCCCCACGGUGAACAGCGAAGACCUAUCGAACUUCCUUCAAGUGAGCGAUACUGGUUAUUACACUGGCAAGAAUAAACCAGAGAAAUCAAGAUCAAGGAGACAUAGAAAGAGACUAAAGAAUAACGCAGAGACACAACAGACUGGAGAGAAAGAAUCCAAGAAGAAGUCCAAAGCGAAGAAGGACAACUCGAGGACGUCGCUGUACAACGGCCGCAAGAAGAUCAGGAAGUUCUACCCGCACAAGAUAAAGUACAAAGACAAGCAGAAGGGAAGGAAGGACUUCGGUGACUACUCGGAGGAGAAGCUGUCGAUGUCGGUGGAGGUGCCGGACCUGAUGCCGGGGCCCGCGCCGCCCGCGCACAAGCGCAUGAACUACAAGGUGGACCCGGCGGACCCGCCUGUGUGGCGCAUCGACUAUAUGAAGCACGGCGAGCCCAGCAUCAACGCCUUCCCCUACGAGUCGGAGCGGCUGAAGGAGAAGCUCAUCAAGACGGGGCCCAACGUGAUCGUGUCUGACAACAUGCUGGAACAAGCGUCGCGCAAGGACGUGCUGCACCCCGACGUCUACAUCAGGAAGAACUUCGUCAGGAAGAACGCGCUCGACAUCAACUCCGCCCCCAUCGACUAGUACUGAGUCUACAUUUAUUUUAGGAAUUUUUCGAAUAAAGCAUAAAAGUUUCA